GGGGGGUGGGUCAUUGAAUCCCAGCCCCUUCCACGCUUGGCUGCUGCUGCGCCUCUGCUGCAGCUUUUGCGCCACACGCACCAUGGCUCUGUGCGCAAGUAGCACACUUCUGGCCUUCUUUGUCGCUUUCUGCACACCUGGACGCGGCUGGACAGCGGAAAAGCCCUUGCGGACAUAUCAUGGGAAAGCAACUUCAAUGGUGAAGAGCCUGAGGGAGAGCUGGGAGCCUUCAAUCCAUCUGGACGGAAGACCGGUGGAGCGUUUUGGGAUCGGCUCCAACAGGCCAUUGAGGACUCAUCGCUACACCAGAGUGGGCAAGGAAAGUCGCUCUCCUUUAGUGGAGGAUGUAGAUGAAUGGGUAAAGCUUGAUGGCUUUGCUGUGCUGAGCAGCGCACCUGUCAGCAACACGUCAACAGGCCCAGUCAGGUCAACAUAUCCUGCAGCCAGAAAUCAGACCGCUGUGAAGCGUGCCGCUCGGGUGAACAGAACAACUCACCGCCCAAGUGCUUCUAGGCUCAGGACGGACACGAGGAGGGCCCCUCAGUCAUCCACUGGUCCCCGGUCGCCUCAGAGGGGCUUCUUCACGAGAACCACUUCACCAGCGCAAAGACACCGACACAACACCAAGCCGCAGUCUGAUCAGAGGAACCGUAACUCGCAAAAAUUAACAUCUGAGUCCGUUCAUGUGGUGUCACUGCAGGCACAGAAAGCCCAGGGCCAGAGCGCUCCUGCCAACCACGCGGCAACCAAAACGACUACCCCAGAGCCACCCGAAUAUGAGGCUAAGGACAUCAGUGUCAGGGUCAUGUCUCCGAAAUCAGUCCUCAUCUCCUGGGUGGACCCCGCUGUGGAAAUGGGGAAGAUUGAGUCAAGUGAAUUCAGAUCCUACACGGUAAGGUACAGGGAGAAGGGCGAGUCGGCACGCUGGGAGUUCAAAGAGAGCACCCAGAGGAGAGUGAUGGUCGACACCCUGUCUGCUGAUAGCAUGUAUGAAUUUGCCGUGAGAAUCUCUCAAGGAGAAGACGAUGGCAAGUGGAGUGUAUCGGUAUUUCAGAGGACCCCUGAGUCAGCCCCAUCUGGGCCACCGGAGAACUUUGAAGUCAAACCACUACGGGGAAAAGGAACUGCCGUGACAGCAACUUGGGAUCCUCCUGAAGAAACCAAUGGGAGGAUACGAGAAUACAUCCUUUCUUAUGCUCCUGCACUGAAACCAUUUGGAAUGAAGAGCAUGAUAUACCGAGGGAGCACAACCUCGGCAACUAUAGACGGUCUAACACCUGGAGAUCGGUACAUCUUCAAGAUCAAAGCCACCAACAGGAGGGGACAGGGACCGCUAAGCAAGGCCUUCAGUGUUGUGAUGCCAGGAUCCAGUAGUGCCGUUUCAUCGUUCUCAAGAACCAAAGACAGCCAGAGGACUAACUACAAGCCUUCCAAAUAUGAUAUUACCAAAGACAAAUCAGUGCUCCAAUCAACGGAGGCACCAGAAGAACCGACCAAACCCACAGAGCCACGUAACUCUGCGCCUGUCAGUAAACGGGUGCGCCCACUUUCUCAGACACGGUCUUAUCACAGCAUUUUGUCUUCAGUAAGAGGUUCAGUCAGGAAUGGAGUAAAUAGAGGCAGAACCUCAGGGAGAGAGGAUGAGGAUGAUGAAGACGAAAGAAUACCAACAACCUCCCCUCCAGAAGAAGCUGCAACAACCACGGAGUCUGAACUUGAGACAAAAGAACCAUACAAUGAUGUUUCUCCUGAAGCUGAGGAUGAUAUUUACAGUGAAGUGGAUGAGCCCCCAACAGAGAUGCCCAGCCUCAAAGUUUUUACACUAUCCCCAACUAAACCCACAUUGGUUUAUCCACAGCAAAGAAAACCCAUAAAGCUCAGGGUCCAUCAAAAAGGUGGAAGGCAGACUUCCUCCUCUUCAUCAUUAUCGUUUCCUCCAAAAUUGUCUUCACCUUCUACCACGUCGCUGCGUAAUACAGAAUCAGAGGACAAAAGAAAAGAGACAGUCUCUACACCCCUGCAGAGCAAAGACAUUUCCAAAGAACAGACUAUCGAAAAUAACAAACCUACCAUUCCAGUUGUAAAAGAUAAGACACAGCCUCAGACAGAGCGCACAGCUGCCAGCAAGGAAUCUACAUCGUUCGGCCGGACCAAUGGAUCUGGCUUUGGUACAAGAAAUGGUUAUGGCCGAAGGAACUUGGGAAUUCCUUUUCGAGUAAAUUCAACCAGAAUGAUCAACGGGAAUAGAUUGGGUCUAAGUGCACAGUCACGUUUGCCAAGCAGAAGUCAGAAUCAGGCCACAUCGCAGUCCACCUUACCAGACCAAUCUAUCAAACAGCAAAUAUCAAAUAGCUUCAAUGAAGCGACAGUUGGGUCCACUUCAGAUGGAAGAAUCAAUGGCAAAGCGACAUCGGAAACAUCGACUUCUGAGGAAAAGCAAAUCACAUUAUCCUCCCCAUCAAAUAGCCCUGUAGCUUCAGAUACAAACACCGGAAAGACCAACCCUUACGUGUCAAAUGCGGGAUCGCAAAGCUCACAUAAGACAGAAACGCCAAAGACAUCACCGGAACGUGCCACAACAAAUGGGGAAUUGCUUCACCAAAGCAAUUUCAAAAACACAGAGGCAACCAAAAUUGAAGAACCUACUUCAAGCUACAAAGAAGAUCCCACAGAAGAGAAAAAGGAAAAGGAGGCAAGUCUCUCUGAUAAAACAACUCGUACCAAAAUUAGUCCUUCCCUUCUUGAAAGAUCUAAGUUCCUGAGCAGGUUGGGUUCAGGAACACGACUGUCAUUCUCCAGACAGGGUGGCCGGACUCCUUGGAGCAGAGGCUCAUCUUCAACAGUGGCAGGCAGACCCAUUCUGCAGGGGAUACCCAGUAAGGACACCGUAGCCACAAGUUCUGCAGCUGUAUCUUCAAUACAGGAAACUAGUGAAAGUCCAACUGCUACUUCCUCUCAUGACUCACCAAAAAAUAAUGAGAUGGGUGUGAUUUCUUUCAAACCCUCAUUGACUGACAUAAAUUCAGAGCAUACUAACUCAAGACAUCCACCUCCACCUUCAUCCUCUUCAAACGCUGACUCUCAUCAUGCCACAAAUGUGAAAUCGAGUGACAAUGACCAUAACCAUGAUGAGAAGGACGAUCUAGAAAACAGUGGGAUUAAUAAAAAUGUUGCAGAAACUACAGUGGACCGAAAGAAUCCUGCCAUCACAUCGACUGAGACGCACAGAAACGCAGAGGACAAUGACAGUGCAGCUACAAGAGACACCCCAUCAAGGACUAACUCAUCAUCCGGGGUCCCGCCGAUUUACCGCCGUCCUAAUAUUGGUAUGAAUGGAAGGAUACGCUCUCCUCAUCUGGCAACCAGACAGUUUGGUGGAUCCAGGCUUCCCACCAGAUCACAAUCAGGACACAAUUCUAGACUGGGUUCUUCAACAACAUCUGAUUCAUCCUCCUCCUCAUCUGCCCACUCCUCUUCAUCAAAUCUACUCAGACCAAUAUUAACAUCAGAUCGCAACGCGAGCAGAAUCUCUUCAACAAGGACCGGGGGACUCACAGAUGGUAGAAUCCACUCUAUAUCAGUGUCGCCAUCUUCAUCCAGAGAAAGCUCGAGAGGCCAGGGGGGCAGAAGUCGCUUUCCUAUCCUGAGAGGCAAAACACCCAACGGAGGAGCUCGUAUAGCCGGCAAUGGAAAUGCUCAAAACGGACAACCAAAUCUGACAGCAAGAAAUAAAGAGUCCUCAGACACUCAUGGAAUGAGCAAGGCGGUCGGCCAAAGGCUUAUUACCGGACCUGACGGAAACAAAUGGUUGCUAGAUUUGGAGUUGGGGAUUCUUAUGAACCAGGAUGGAAAAGUCCUCCAGGAUUCCCAGGGCCAACCAAAGAGAGUAGUGCUUGGCCAGGACGGACGCACUAUUUUUGACCAUCUGGGAAGCCCCCUGCUGAACCAGGACGGAAUGGCUUUGUUUGGUCAUGGCCGAGAUAGUCGCCCAGUGGUCAACCCCAAAGAGAAGAUCCUUAUGGUUGGAGGAAAACCGCUGCUUGGCUUGGACCUGUCUCACCUCAGGACAACCACCACCACCACCACCAGUGCUCCGACCACUACCCCAGAACCAACCACCGCAGAAUGGACUACGGAGGAGUCCACCACUGAACAACCAUACCCGACUUGUCCACCAGGAACCUUCUCCAAAAUAGAUGAUUACGGAGAUCCGGUGCUUGACUCAGAUGGAAUACUCGACUGUUUCUCAGAAGAUGACCUUUUGCUCCAGACGACCCUGCCUCCGGCUACCACGACAACACCGCCAACAACCACCAUGACCACCACCACAACAGAGAUGCCCACUCCAGACACCAGAUCAUCCGGCCGAGGUCCUUUAUCAGAAUUUGACGACAGUGGGAAGAGGCGAUUUACAGCGCCAUAUGUGAACUACAUCCAAAAAGACCCGGGAGCUCCAUGCUCCCUGACGGAGGCGCUGGAGUACCUUCAAGUUGACAUCCUGGAUGAUCUGAUCAAGAACGACACUCGCGCCUCCAAUCAGAAGCAGCAUCCCAAAAAUAAACCCCAUAAUCUCACCGUGGUUGCCAUGGAGGGAUGCCAUUCGUUUAUCAUCCUGGACUGGGGCCGGCCACUGAAGGACGAUAUGGUUUCAGGAUACAUGGUGUACAGCGCUUCAUACGAUGACGUGCUCAACAACAGAUGGUCCUCGAAGGUAUCGAGUGGGACUCAUCUGGCUGUGGAGAAUCUUAAACCCAACUCCAGGUACUACUUCAAAGUCCAGGCCAAGAAUGUGUUUGGGUUGGGACCGGUCAGCGAGACGCUCACCUAUGUCACAGAAUCAGAUGACCCUCUUCUCAUCGUCAGACCGCCUGGUGGAGAGCCAAUUUGGAUCCCCUUCAGCUUCCGCUACAACUCGGCCCACAGCUCGUGUAAAGGCAGCCAGUAUGUCAAGCGCACGUGGUACAGGAAGUUUGUGGGCGUGGUUUUGUGCAACUCUCUGCGAUACAAGAUCUUCAUGGGAGACGGUCUGAGAGAGCCCUUCUACAGUAUAGGAGACACGGUGGGACAAGGAGAGGAUCAUUGUCAGUUUGUGGACUCCCACAGGGACGGCAGGACUGGGCCCGCCUAUCUCUCGCUUACUCUGCCUUCGGCUCAAGGAUAUUAUCGCGCCUACAGACAGGAGCCCGUCACGUUCGGAGUGAUUGGGAGACGAACAUCCCAUCCUUUCGUGGGCUGGUAUGAAUGCGGGGUGCCCAUUCCUGGAAAGUGGUAACACGAGGGAGGAUGGAGGGCACUGUGACCGAGGGCAACUUUCCAGUCGCCCCGUCUAUCACACAAUUUUUUUUUUUUAAACAAGAGACUUUUGCUUGCCGCAACUAAAAGACACCACUUUGAUUACAUGAAAUGAACCGAAUGCUUUUAUGCAAGACAAUGUAUUGAUGCUGUGUACUUUUUUUUUUUUGGUUACAUAAAGCAGUCUGUAUAUGAGGGAAGAAAAGGCAUGCGUGUUCCUACUUUGUAAAAUUCUUGGCAACCAAGCAGCAGGUCCAUUUACAUUGUUAUUUAUCUCAUCCGAGCAACAUUCAAUAAGAGGCAACUAACUUGUG